AUGUCACUCUCGAGCUCAGACUCUAGUAUUUUUAGCGACACUGAUUAUGGUGGUAGCAGCGAAGAAGAUGGUGAUAUUACCAACAGAGAAGAGACUGUAGAAAAUGUGAAAUUUUAUAAUAAUAUAUUAAUAAAACUAUUUUUAAAAAAUAAGAAAUAUUAUGAACAAAUAAAAGCCAUAGCUCUUAAUUAUAUUAGUAAAUUAGAGGAUAUUGAAUUUUUUAAUGUAGAAAAAAUUGUAGAAGACAGAAAUGACCAUAUAUACAAUUUUUAUUUUGAUACAUAUGACGCAAUUGAAUAUGGGGAAAAUAAAUUAAUUUAUUAUAUUCAAAAUAAUUUUCAUAAAUUUAUUGAUGUUAUAAAUAACUAUUCCACUCCAUUCUUCUUUAGACUCGUUUUUUUGAGUUGCUAUUUUGAAGUCCUUCGAAAUGAAGAAAUUAUGAGAAGGAAUACGCCUAAAAAAAACCAAAAGAAACAACAUUAUAAAGAAAAUAAUUUAGAAAAUUAUAAAUUUGACGAACCUGAUCAAAACAAUGAAAUGAUUAAAAACGGAAAUUCCAAUUCUAUAGACAACCUUAUUAGAGUGGCUGAAAAUGAUAUGACCAUUUCGGAAAAAGAAACAAAUACAUAUAACGAAGACAGAGAAAGCCAAAAGGAAGAAGCAUUCACCAGUUUAAGUCAAAAAUUAAAUCAAUCUAAGUCUAGUGAUAAUGAUAGUGAUCAGUUAAAUGAUGGCAAACUGGAAAAAUCCAAACAACCCGAAGGAGAUGAAAAAAAAGGGAUACACUUUUACGAUUUUAUAGAUUAUGAAUUUAACAAAGAUAAGAAAGUAAUGGAGGAAAUAGAUUUAUAUAGUGCCUGUUUAAUGAAAGGUAUUUUACAUUCUUAUAAAAGUUAUGAAUUUUUAACAGACAAUAAUAUAAAAUCAAAAAUAAAUAAUUGCUUAAAAAUAAUAUUUGAUAAGCAUAAUAUAAAAUUGAAAUGUCGAAUUGUAAAUGUUCCAUUUUUACAUAAUAUGCACAUAAAUAAUUUGCAAGAAAUAGAAAGUAAUAAAUAUAUUGGCAAAUUUAUAAGUACAGAAGGUAUAAUAACAAGAGUUGGAGAAAAAAAAAUUUUAGAAGAAUAUAAAAAAUAUAGAUGCAUGAGCUGUGAUCAUAUUAUUAAAAAAAAAGCCAUACCUGAAUUAUACUAUAAUACUCAACCGGUUAUCAAGUGUCAAAAUAUUAUAAAUACAAAUAGCGAUCCUAAUAAAGUAGAUAUUAUGCUAUAUAAAAAUAUUUUCAAAGGAAAAAAAAAAGAUAAAGUAAUUGGCAAAGGAGGGGGGAAAUGGGUAGCAAAGGAAAGUAAUUACAAUAAGAAUAAAUACAGCAUGAAAUUCAAGAUACGAAAAAAUAGUAUGGAUAAUAAUAAUAAUAAUAAUAUUAAACCCGGGAUUGUAUCUCAAAAGAUUUGCAACAAAACCAACUUUGAAUUUUUAGAAAAUGAAGUUCAAAGAGUCGAUUACCAAGAAAUAAAAAUAAAAGAAACAAGCAAUGCAAAUAUUCCAUUUUCAAUAACCGUAGUGGUAUUAGAAAAUUUGGUAGGAAAGUAUUAUCCUGGAAAAAAAGUAAUAAUAAAUGGAAUAAUUCUAAGGCGAUGGAAAAGACUGUAUAAAGAUAUUAGAUGUGAUACAGAAUUAUUCAUCGAAGCUAACAAUAUUGAAGUUAAUAAAUUGGGAAAUUCAAAGGGCAAUGAAAUAUUAAUAGAUAAUGAUUUUACAAAAAGUGUACAUAGCCUUAUUGAUGAAUCUGAAACCUGUGCAAAAUGGAAACGUCUAGACCAAAACAAUGCUAUUCAGAGUAUUCUAUUAGAAAAAAAUAACUGUGGACAAAAAUUACAAACAGAUAAUUAUCGAAAUGAUAUCAUUUCGAAUAUAAAUGGUUCAACGCUUGUAAGAAAUACGCAUAUUACAGGAAUGAGUUUCCAAAAUAGAGAAAUGGAACAUGAAAUAAAUAUUUUUGAAAAAUAUUGGUUUGCCUUUAAAGAUAAUAAAAUUGAAGGAAAAAAGAAUAUAUGUGAGAGUGUAUGCCCUAAUUUAUACAAUUGUAAAAUAUCUAAAUUGUCAGUAUUACUUGUUUUGAUAGGAGGAAACAAAAUAAAUGAGUUUGACUCAUUUUACGCUGAAAACAAUCGUUGGAAAAAAUAUUUCAAUAGAAGUGAAGAAAAUGAUGAAAGUGAAGAUAGUAAUUUGAAUGAUAACAUGACAAAACGGAAGAAGGGGUUCGAGAAUGAGCAAGAUUCAAAUGCUACAUUUUCAAAUGAUGAUAAUAUAUAUAUGAGACAAAAUGAAGGAAAAAAAAAAAAAAAAAAAAAUAAUGUACUUUAUGAUAGUUUGAAGAGAAAAGGGGGAAAAAGGUCGAAAAAAAUGAUAAAUCAAAUUUCUGUAGAUAAUUAUCAUAAAAGGUCAUUAUGCCAUUUGCUAUUAGUUGGAAAUCCAGGAACAGGAAAAUCACAAUUGUUAAAAGAAAUAAAAAAUUUAACAAAUAUAUGCACUAAUGUAUCUGGAAUGUUUUGCACAACAGCUGGUUUAACAUGUGCAGCAAUAAAAGAAGGAAACAACUUUAUGUUGGAAAGUGGUGCACUAGUUUUAGCAGAUAAUGGCGUAUGUUGUAUUGAUGAAUUUUGUUUAAUGAAAACGGAAAAUAAAAAUGCUAUACAUGAAGCCAUGGAACAAUUGUCUAUAUCUAUAGCAAAAGCUGGUAUAGUAGACAAAUUAAAUUGCAGGUGCACUAUUAUCGGUGCAUCAAAUUUUGAAAUACAUAAAAAUAUGAACGGAACUAUAGAUAAAUGCCAAGAUCAAGUACUUAUUAUAAACCUUUCAUAUGCUUUACUAAGUAGAUUCGAUUUAGUAGUUAUAACAGAAGACAAUGAUGAAACAGAUGCACGAGUUGCUGAUUGUGUUUUGCGUCAGGGUGAGGAUGAAAUAAAUUUGGAAAAUAAAAAUGAACAUAACAAGGAGAAACCAAGAGAAGAUCAAGAGACAGUGAAUGAUGCAAAAAUAAUACACUUAGAAAAUAAUGAAAAUGAUGAGCUAGCCAAAUAUGCAAAUUCAGAGGGAAAAUAUUCUGAACAAGUAAGAAAAUUUUCCGAUACUAAAAAAAAAAAAAUAACGUGGCCUAGCGAAAAAUUAAAAGAGUACAUAUAUUAUUUAAAAAAUAAUUUUUUUCCAAAUUUCACAAAAAGUUCAAAAUUAAUUUUAAUAACAUAUUAUUCACAUUUAAGAAAACAUAAUAAUGGAGAUAAUGGAACAACCAUUCGUUCGUUAGAAAGUCUGAUCAGAUUGAGCGAAGCUCAUUCUAAAUUAAUGUACAAUAGUAUAGUUACAACAGAUGAUGUUAUAAAUAUUAUUUUGUUAGUUGAGCUUAGUUUACGUAGUUAUCAAAUAGGUAUUAAAAUAAACGGAAAUAAUAAUAUUCUAAUAGCAAAGACUGGAAUCAUUGAAAACUUAAAACAAAUUUUAUUAACAUAUAAUCAGAUUAACCAUACAUUCAAAUUAUUAGAUGAUGUUUUGUUUGAUAAAAGUUUAUAUAUUUACUUUAAAUCUGUAAUUUUGAACAAGUUAGGUUUGUCGGAACAAGAUGGUGUUAUUCAUAGUGUGGUACAAUAG